GACAAAUCUCGGGGUCGUUGAUGUUGGUUUAUAAGGCUCGAAUACCCUCCUCGCCACGCCUCCGUCGAUCGUUCGACUUAACUUGUGGCACCAACCAACGCCGUAGCAUCCUCUUGUCUAUUUUAAGCUCCCCUAUGAGUUGUCGCCAAUAAAUAGGGACCGUCACUGCUUCCAUAUUUCUCGACUUAUAACGAGGAAACCCAAAACGAUCUCGGGAGCUUCGUCACCUGCGGGAAAUCGAUUGUAUGACGGUACUCGUCCCUCAGAUGGCGUUCCACCCUCACCAAAGUAGCCCUUGGGUGGGGCAUGGACCUACCACCUAUAUGCCAACAAUGAACCCUGCGAUGCCUCCUCCCUCCGCGCCUCAUGUUCACCAUCAGUCACAUCCGCAGGCGAAUGGCCCAGCGCCCCAACGACCAUAUAGUCCAGAGUCAUACCGGUUAGAAGUGUUACAGCAGCCUACGAUGGCUAAGGCUGCCAAUGGAAAGGACAAAGAUCGAAAACCGGUCGACCCACCCCCGAUCCUUCAGUUACACGUUCCGAGCGACGAAGACCCUGAUGGUGUAUACCGCCAGAGUCCUUACCUCAUAGCAGUUGCGUACUUAGAAUACGCGCACCCUCCGGGCCCGAAUGGCCAGGCUACGCCACCAGCAAACAUGAUGGCGGGGACGACAGUCUCGUCAUUGCAUAGACUGAAGGAUCCUACGAAUAAAGAGGGUGCUUUCUUCGUAUUUGGAGAUCUGACGAUAAAGAGCGAGGGGGAGUACGUCAUCCGAUUCGAUUUACUGCAGAUGACGAUGGAAAAUAUGGACGAGGGCGAGGUUUGGGUUACGAUCUGCUCGGUGACCAGCGAUCACUUCAAGGUCCACGCCGGUAGAGCCUUUCCCGGCAUGGCAGAAUCAACGUUUCUCACUCGGUCUUUCAGCGACCAAGGUGUCCGCCUCCGGUUACGCAAGGAUUCGCGACAGAUUGCCAAUAAGAAGAAGAAUCUGCGCAUGGCAGACCAGAUGGACAAGCAGUCGGGACACAGGCAAGGGAGUGCCUCGCAGAAUGGAGGUAUUCCUCAGAUGGACGACAGAAGCUACCACGACUACGAUGAGCCCUUGACGAAGAGGCAUAGGGCAGAGUAUUCCUCGGUCAACCCCGGGACGCAGACGCAAGAGACGGGCGCAGAAAUACGAUGGGGAGCCUACGCUCCUGCUCCGGGGCCGGCAUACACAUCUCAGCAGCUGUCUCUGGGCUCCGUGACUACGGGACCUCCUAGCUCAUCAGCGGUGGUUUCGAUGGCCCCGUCGAACGAACGCAUUCCUACCCACUACUCUUCGCUCUCCCACGGCUUCGAACGCCAGGCGCACAUGAGCCACUCUCCUAUCCAGUUUUCAAAUCCCAGUGCCCAAAGUCCUUCCCACCCGUUCAUGUUCACGGCGGGUUCCGGCACGGGGAACAAUCCGCCGUUAAAUCUCGCCCCAAUACCCGCUCACACGCAAAGCGCGAUGACCUCGCCGAUCCACAACGUCUCCCCGCGAUCCCACGGCCCGCUCAACGGUGCACCGCCGUCGGGAACCGCUUCUCCUGUCGGCCCUAAUAUGUACACCACCGCACCGCCGACAUCGAACACACAUCAACCUCAUCAUUCUCCGUACGCUAAUCAAGGGGCAUAUCCAAGUAUGCCGAACGCAUAUGACCACGGAAGUCUACGAGAACACGGGCUCGGAACGCCGUUAACGGCAACGAUGCCAUCCGAGAACCUGAAUGGCUCUUAUCCCAUUGAGAACACGGAUCCCUUCAACCACCAUCUCGGCCACGUGGUGAACAAAACGGAAGACCACUAGACGGGGAAGAGGUGCGGAACGUGAAGAGAGAGUGGGAGGAGACAAGGGGUGUCCGAGUGUGGAAACUUUUACUAUACAACUUGUAAUACGGAACGCAUCUCUUACGGAUUCGCUGAACGAUACCUGCGAUUCUCCACGCUCACUCUCCCCUCCCGAGAGGCGGACGGCAACCCGACGGUCUAGAAUGAUCAAAUCGCCGAAACUUUUAACGAAUUUCCCCUACUGUUACCCC